AUGGCGUUUACGACCACCAACAUCUGCUCCCUACGCUCUUCAGUUCCCCUAAACCCUAGAUUCCGUCCCUUCCACCAUCCUCGUAAUUCCCCUUUCCGUGUCUCCUUCAAUCUCUCCCCCAAAAACCCUAAAACCAUCGUCUUCGCAACCGCCGCCGCCUCCUCCACAUCUCCGCCAACACUCUCCGCCAAGCCCUCUUCUCAGUUUCCCUUCUCCGACUCAACCAAAUCAAUCACGACCCUCGCGAUUCUUGCCGGAAUCGUAACCAAAUCCCUUAUCCAGAAACUCUCCACCGCCGUCGUAACCCUAUCCCCACAGAUUCAAGCUUCCCUCCGAGUCUCAGGUCCUUUGUUCUUCGCGGCGAUUCGUGACCGUCCCGCUGGUUAUCUCAACACUCCGUUGACAGUCGUCGCCGCUGGUCUGUCCAAGUGGCUUGAUAUCUACAGUGGUGUGCUGAUGGUUAGAGUCUUGCUCAGUUGGUUCCCCAACAUUCCUUGGGAUCGUCAGCCUCUCUCUGCCAUCAGAGACCUUUGUGAUCCUUAUCUCAACCUCUUCAGGAACAUUAUCCCUCCCGUCUUUGAUACGCUUGACGUCAGCCCUUUGCUUGCUUUUGCUGUCUUGGGAACUUUGGGUUCCAUUCUCAACAAUAGCAGAUGAUUCUUCAACUUAUUAAUUACUACUCUGCUUUCAAUGUUUAUGGAUCUUUGGUGUUUUAUAUAUUGUCUUUUAGUUAAUGCAUUUGGAGUUAUAAGCUAAUGUAUUGGACUCAUAUGUUUCAGUAUCAAAAUAUAUCUUAUGUUCUGUCAGUGAAUGAAUCAGUUUGGUGUCAAUGUGAAAGCUUCGAAAUUGUUGUUUGUUAUUAGUACUAUGCAGUGA